AUAUAAAACCCCCAAAAACUAUUUGUAAAAAAUCGACACAAACAUGAAUGAGUUGGAUAGUUUGAGACAAGAAGCCGAAACCCUUAAGAAUGCCAUACGUGAUGCCCGUAAAGCGGCCUGCGACACAAGUCUGGUUCAGGCGGCCUCGUCAUUGGAACCCAUCGGUCGUAUACAAAUGCGCACGAGACGUACACUUAGAGGCCAUUUGGCGAAAAUCUACGCCAUGCAUUGGGGCAACGAUUCACGGAAUUUAGUAUCAGCUUCUCAGGAUGGCAAACUAAUCGUUUGGGAUUCGCACACCACCAACAAGGUCCAUGCCAUACCACUGCGUUCGUCGUGGGUUAUGACGUGCGCGUAUGCGCCUUCCGGCAGUUAUGUCGCCUGCGGCGGUCUUGACAACAUGUGUUCAAUUUACAACCUGAAAACGCGCGAGGGCAAUGUACGAGUCUCUCGUGAACUGCCCGGUCAUGGUGGCUAUUUGUCAUGCUGCCGUUUUCUGGACGACAAUCAAAUCGUCACCAGUUCCGGCGACAUGACAUGCGGCUUGUGGGACAUUGAAACCGGCCAACAGGUAACAUCAUUUCUGGGACAUACCGGCGAUGUAAUGGCUCUAUCGCUGGCGCCCGGCUGCCACACAUUCGUGUCGGGCGCCUGCGAUGCAUCCGCAAAACUGUGGGACAUACGAGAAGGUGUCUGCAAACAGACCUUCCCCGGUCACGAGUCCGACAUCAACGCCGUGACAUUCUUCCCCAACGGUCAGGCGUUCGCCACAGGCUCUGACGAUGCUACUUGUCGUCUAUUCGACAUUCGCGCCGAUCAAGAGCUCGCCAUGUACUCGCACGACAAUAUCAUCUGCGGCAUUACAUCGGUGGCAUUUUCAAAGAGUGGUCGUUUGCUGUUAGCUGGUUACGAUGACUUCAACUGCAAUGUUUGGGACACAAUGAAGGCCGAACGUUCGGGCAUACUCGCAGGUCAUGAUAAUCGCGUUUCUUGUCUGGGUGUCACCGAAAAUGGUAUGGCAGUAGCAACGGGUUCAUGGGAUUCGUUCUUGCGUGUAUGGAACUAAAUACCAACUUAAAAUUUAAGUAUAAUACAGCAACAACAACAACCACACAUACACAUAACAACAACAA